CUUGCGUCCCGCGCAGCAACUGUCAAUCAGCUGAUGUAGCACAGCGUUGAUUCGCCUGCACUCGCCGCAAAAAUGGGUCCCCCGGACAUCCAACAUCUCGUCCCAUCCCAUCAUCCUCUCGACACCACCGCCCGCCUCCCUCCAUCUGUCUUGCUUUGCUUUGCCUUGCUUUGCUUGCUUGCUUGCAAAAGCUCAAGGCGGUAUACUCCCACACACAGAGGUCAUGCUCUUCUUCUCCCCGCUGCUGCUGCUGCUGCUUGCCCCGUCCGCCCUGCUGUAGACCUUUCACCACUCUACUACUACCACUACCACUCUCUACACCAUCCAUACUUCUUCCUCUUCUUCCUCCCCCUGUCCCGUCUAUUGUUGCUGUCUCUCUUCUCUUCUUCCCUCGUCUCAACUCCUGCCCACCAACACUAA